AUGCGACCUUACUACCAAGCUCAUCGAGUCAUCUUCAUGACCGACUUUCCUUUGAGAUCAAUCCUCCAUAGCCCUGACGCUUCUCAGCGACUCAUGAAGUGGGCUAUAAAGCUAAGCCAAUAUGACCUCCUUUACCAGCCAAAAGCUGUAAUAAAAGCCCAGGCUUUAGCAGACUUCAUAGUAGAGUUCACCCCAUCGACCGAAAAAGAUAAAUUGGUCAAUAAAAAUAAGGAAAGUUCAAAAGCAGACGGGACCUCCGCUGAACCUAGCCAACCCAGAGACAUGUGGCAAUUGCGGGUAGACGGAGCGUCAAACCAAAAAGGAGCUGGAGCAGGUAUCGCUAUCACGCUUGGCUUCCCGGCCUCGAACAACGAGGCAGAAUACGAGGCAUUUCUCGCCGGCCUGCCCUUGGCAAAAGAACUCGUAAUCAAAAAGCUAGCCAUCUACUUAGAUUCCCAACUGAUCACGAAUCAAGCGUCAGGAGAAUACAUGGCGAAGAAUCCAAGGAUGAUCUUGUACCUUGACAAAGUCUAG